UACCACUGCAUUUUUUGUGGUCCAAAUCUAGCUGACUCUCGGACUUUGUAACCUUACAGGUAGCCUGCUUUCCUCCCCAUGGCGCUGAAGGGUAUAUCCACGUUGCGGCUCCUGAGCCAAGUCCACAGCCCAAUUUUGGCCUUGGUGAGGGGCCGAACCGUCCAGGCUGCGACCCGGGCUUCCCGCCCUACCUUCAAUUGGCAGGACCCACUUCUUCUGGAAACACAACUGACCCCUGAUGAGAUCCUGACCCGAGAUACUUUCCGAACCUACUGCCAGGAAAAGCUGAUGCCCCGGAUUCUCCUGGCUAAUCGGAAUGAAGUGUUUCACCGGGAGAUUGUUUCAGAGAUGGGAGAACUGGGUGUGCUAGGCCCCACCAUUAAAGGGUAUGGCUGUGCUGGGACCUCAAAUGUAGCCUAUGGACUUCUGACUCGGGAACUAGAGCGUGUAGACAGUGGCUUCCGGUCAACCAUGAGCGUCCAGUCCUCCUUGGUCAUGUUCCCCAUCUAUGCCUAUGGCUCUGAAGAGCAGCGGCAAAAGUACCUGCCCCGUCUUGCAAAGGGGGAAAUCCUGGGCUGCUUUGGAUUGUCGGAACCCAAUCAUGGAAGUGACCCAGGCAGUAUGGAGACUAGGGCCCGCUACAAUGCAGCCAACAAGACCUAUACCCUGAACGGCUCCAAGACCUGGAUCACUAAUUCACCUGUGGCUGACCUGUUUGUGGUCUGGGCGGUGUGCGAGGAUGGUAAGGUGCGGGGCUUCCUGUUAGAGAAGGGGAUGCGUGGAUUGUCAGCUCCCAAAAUCGAGGGAAAGUUUGCACUUCGGGCCUCAAUCACAGGAAUGAUCCUCAUGGAUGACGUGGAAGUACCUGAACAGAAUUUGCUGCCUCAUGCAUCUGGCCUUUCUGGCCCCUUUGGAUGUCUGACUACAGCUCGAUUUGGCAUUGCUUGGGGGGCACUGGGUGCUGCAGAGUUCUGUAUGCAUACAGCUCGGCAGUACACCCUAGACAGGAAGCAGUUUGGAGUCCCAUUGGCUAAAAAUCAGCUCAUCCAGAAGAAAUUGGCUGAUAUGCUCACAGAGAUCACCCUGGGUCUACAUGCAUGCCUGCAGCUUGGGCGCUUGAAGGACCAGGACAAGGCCACCCCAGAAAUGGUUUCAUUGCUGAAAAGGAACAAUUGUGGCAAAGCUCUUGAUAUUGCCAGACAGGCCCGUGACAUGCUUGGUGGGAAUGGGAUUUCUGAUGAGUAUCAUGUGAUCCGGCACGUCAUGAACUUGGAAGCUGUAAACACUUACGAAGGUACUCAUGACAUCCAUGCCCUGAUCCUUGGAAGAGCUAUCACGGGAAUUCAGUCAUUCACUAGUGGGAAAUGAGCCUGUUUUAUUUAAGAGCUGAUGAACAUCCUUCAGAAAAAGUAGUCAUUUCAUCUUGUGUGAAGUCUGCUUUUCUGGGGAAGUGGCUAUUACUUUCCUUUCUGGAAGACGGAGAUUGAAACUGAAGAAACGAAUUUCUGUAAUCUCAAUGUGCCUUGUUCUAAAAUCAACUCUUCUGUUAAAAUGCUGAAAGAAUGUGAUUGUACACACUAUGCCAGUCCCUUUCAACCCACCAACUAUGAUUAAUUUUAUAUAACUUAGGAAACAAGUGGUUUUUUUAAUUAGGGGGUAAGAGAAAGAAGAAUGAAUUUCAGAGCAGCUUCUGUGAAGCUGCUGAUUUGUAACUGAGUUAACUAAAAUCUCUCACCCAAACCUAUAAUGCCUUUAAUGCUUUCUGACCCCACUGAUUGCCCACUCAUUUCCAGGAGUAUCAUUCAGUGUCCUGGACUUGGGAGCAGAUUGGGAACAAGUGGAUUAAUAAAGACCACAUGUUGCUGAUCAAAA